AUGUUGUACUUUGAGGACUUUAUGGAGGCUAUCGAGAGCUUGCCCGCCGAAGUUAAUGAAACACUAUCGAAUCUGCGCGAAAUUGACUACCAGACUCAGGGAUGCAUAUUAGCCACCUUAGAGCCUGUCAAUGGGCUAAUAAGCACGCUAUUUGAAAAUUGCAAAUUUUCGAGAUUGUCUCCCAAGGAAAAAGAGAUAGAGUAUGAAAAAAUUUUGAACCUGUACGACCAAGCUCUAGCGCAAUCUUCAAAGAAAACCGAAAUUGUAAGGAACUUAUACGAACUAUAUAGAAAGGUUGUAAGAAAACUGGAUGCAGAGCUUGGGAAGUUUCGACUUGAACUAGAAGCCGACAACUCCGGCGUGACAUCGAAGAUCGAACAC